AUGGCUGCCUUUAAGCACUUUGCCCAAGCUCAAUCCAAAUUCGAGAUCCCCCAUCUGUCUGGCGGAAACACCUUUAUUGGAGACAUCCACUCCACCCCCGAUGACGCCGCCAAACCCAUCACAAGCGGCCUCUUUCGCGUCAACAAGGGCGAGCCCUUGACCUACACAUACAAGUACGACGAGACCAAGAUCAUUCUAGAGGGCAACUUUGUCCUUGAGGACUCUACGGGACAAAAGGUCGAGGCCAAGGCGGGAGACAUCUUCUUUAUCCCCAACGGAGCCACCAUCACCUUUUCGUCUCCUGAUACGGGGCUGGCUUUUUACUCGGGGGCAAGGAAGUUUAACGAUCUAUGA